UCGUAGGCCCGUUUACAUGAUAUAAGUUUUUUGGAGCGGAGUCCCGUUGGUUCUCUAGAAGUUACUUUUUUCCCGAAAACGUAAAAUGGCAUACCCUACCAGUUUAAAUAAAACCCACAUCGUUAAGAAGCGUCUGAAGAAGUUUUCCCGCCACCAGAGUGAUCGCUAUGGAAAAUUGCGGCCCAGCUGGAGAAAGCCCCAUGGUAUUGACAAUCGUGUGCGUCGCCGAUACAAGGGAACCAACCGCAUGCCAAAGAUCGGUUAUGGCAGUGACAAGCGGACCCGACACGUUCUUCCCAAUGGUUUCCGCAAGGUCCUCGUCCGCAAUGUUCAGGAUCUGGAAGUGCUGAUGAUGAACAAUCGACGGUACUGCGCGGAGAUUGCCAGUGCAACAUCGGCCAAGAAACGCAAAGACAUCGUUGCCCGGGCUAAACAGUUGAGCAUCAGAGUUACGAAUGCUAAUGCGCGUUUACGAGCGGAGGAGAACGAAUAAACAAUUGUCAUCCUGUCUUUGAUAUGUUUUAUGUUUACUUUCCACCGAUUGCAUAUAUUAAAUCCGCGUUUUGA